GUUAGUCGGAAAAACACAACCGACCAACCGACUUGACGAAAACACAACGACCAUGACCGCUACGGUGCAGCUUCCGAUGACUUUGGAGGCUCUGCUGAGCAGCGAUGAGCCUGGCACCGAGGCACAGUUCUGUCCCGUCGGAUUUGCUGGAAAAGGUGCUGAAGCUGCCCAUCAAGCGGACCCAUCGCGUCCGAACACUGCCAGGCUUUCACCUGCUGUCACUGGAAGCUGGAAAGGAGGCCAUGGCCCAAGGGAGCUAUGAAGCGUUUUCGCAGCGCUUUCGUUGCGAAGGCUUAGAACAUUUGCACCCAGAGGACAAAGUCUUUAUUUGUCCACAAGACAACAAGGCGUUUCUGAAUCAGAUGUCCAUGCGCUACCACCAGUACAUUCGUCACGAGCUACAGGAGCGCAAGGCUGAGCGCAAGCGGCUCCGGGAACGGGCUGAGGAGAGGAGAGCCCGUGCGGAUCGACAUCGCCAGCCAGAUGUAGCAAGGCUGGGACCCACGGGAACGCCCACAACACCUCCACCAGGUGACAAGAACGAACCGGGCGCUAAGAUCCGACGUGUCACGUGGGAGCAGGGGACGCAGUUCAACAAGGACUCUCCUGAAGUCCCGCAAGUGCCAGUGGUGCAUGAGGCCACGAGCCCCUGGAAGCGACGUUCAGAAGCAGAUCCAAGGCUCGCAGCGCCGCCCGUUGCGAAACCAGUGGCUCCACUGACACCUGCGACGCCAGUGACACCUAUGACACCUGUCGUGCCUGAAAGUUCCAUUGUCACUGAGAAGCCUCUCCCGUCAGAGGAGGACGAUCUCUAUGGCAACAUUGGAGGUAACGAGGCCAAGGAUCAACCAACUGGGUCCAGCUAUGCCAGCGCUAUGAACGCCAUGCUCAAGGGAGACUUUGAGGAUGAUGAACUCUGAGCAUAGCCAUGACUAAAAAACGGUUUCGGUUGUGACAGUGGAGCAUGUUAUGUGGC